CCCCUCCCAGGUCCGUCUCGGUCACCCCGUUAUAAAUUGUGCGGGGAUUCCUCACGCCCCCACACGCCUCCCCCUCUCCACCGCACUCCUCCCCACUCACCCACCUCAGCAGCCUCAGCGGAGCGCGCCAUCGAUCCAUGGAGUUCUACGUCGACGAGAAGUGGAAGUUCUCCAAGAAGAGCCGGAACAACGGGAGCCGGCGCGUGCCGGGGGCCGGGGCCGGCGGCGGGGACCAUUUCCUCAAGCGGUCGUCCAGCAUGAGGGACGGCGUGCAGGCGAUCGGCCGGCGCGGGAGCGGCGCCGGCGCCGCGGCGGGCGGCGGGUGCGGCGCGCCGCAGCCGUCGUUCUCGAGCCGGUGCGCGGGGCUCGUGAAGGAGCAGCGGGCGCGCUUCUACAUCAUGCGCCGCUGCGUCACCAUGCUCGUCUGCUGGAAGGACUGCUCGUAGCCGCGGCCGGCAGGCCAAGAAGAAGCUCGGUCCCCUCCCUCCCCUCGUCCUCCCACCGGCAGUUCCUCCGCCAAAAUCAGAGAGUCACGCACGGGGGCACAAGCAAAGCGAGGGGCGCGGGGAAGAAGGCGGAUUAGGUGAUGUGUGUAUAGAUCAGUCCUGAAUCCUGAUAGGAGCCCUCUUCUUCUUUUACCUCCCGUUUCUGGGAUGUUUUGUUGAUUACUAGCGCUCGAUUAGGUAGUAGUGAAUAGUACAGUGUACUUAGUGCUGCGAUGUAGAUGUGGAAUCGUGGACAGUUUUGGGAUCUCCUCCUUCAAGGAGAUGGGGAUCUGGGUUCUUUACAGCUGCAGAUGCUGCCCUGCAAAGGAGCCACCACAGGCAGGCAGCUGAAUGAAAUCUAGUGGAUCUUCUGUUGUACCACGACCACGGUGAAAAAAAAAGGUUUUUACUGCCCAUGUAUAGCUAAAGAAAUCAGACGCAACAGCAUGCCAUGAUGUCACUGCGUAUUACGGUUUUUUUUUU